AUGUUGCCUCCAUUGUUACCUUCCCCUCUAUUUCUCUUCUUCACCCUAUCACUUCUGCUCCUACUCUCUCACCUCAAACCAGCCAGGGAUGGCCGGAAACAACCGCCAGGUCCACCGGCAUGGCCGCUGAUCGGCCACCUCCACCUCUUGCGCACCCUCCCCCACCGUUCCCUUCACUCUCUGGCAAAACGAUACGGUCCCAUCAUGUCCCUCCGACUGGGACAGGUGCCUGCCGUUGUCGUCUCUUCGCCUGAAGCUGCCGAGCUUUUCCUCAAGACGCACGACGUCGUUUUUGCGAGCCGACCAAAGACUCAAGCGUCGGAGUUCCUGUGCUAUGGCUCCAAGGGGAUGGUUUUCUCCGAAUAUGGCCCUUACUGGCGCUACAUGAGAAAGCUCUGUACUUUGCAGCUUUUGACUGCAUCGAAAGUGGAGAUGUUUCGUCCUAUAAGAAGGGAGGAGUUGGAGGAGGCAGUGGAGUCAAUAAAGAAAUCGGCGGCGGCGCGUGAGGUGGUGGAUGUAAAUGAGAAGGUAGGGGAGGUGAUAGAGGACAUGACAUAUAGAAUGAUGCUGGGGCGCAAGAGAGACGAUAGGUUCGAUGUGAAGGGAAUAGUUCAAGAGACGCUCAGCUUGGUGGGAGCUUUCAAUAUUGCAGACUUCUUGCCUUUCUUGCGCCCAUUUGAUAUUCAGGGUUUUACAAAACGCUUAGAGAAGAAUAGCAAGGAAAUUGAUGAGAUGUUAGAAACAAUCAUCAAAGAGCAUGAAGAGGCACAAGCAGUUCUGCAGAAAAGGGAACACAAGGACAUCGUGGACAUAUUAUUCUCAUGCCCACAGGAUUCUCAUGAUGACGAACAAAACCUUGUCAAAGAUCGAAACAAUAUUAAGGCCAUACUUUUGGAUUUGAUUGCUGCUUCAAUGGACACUUCUGUCACUGUCAGUCUCUGGGUCUUCUCAGAAUUGCUGAAGAAUCCAAGGGUAAUGAAGAAACUCCAACAUGAGCUGGAAAACCUAGUAGGAAAAAGCAAUUUGGUCGACGAGGUUGAUUUGCCGAGGUUGACUUAUCUGGACAUGGUGAUCAAAGAGACUUUGAGACUACAUCCUGUUGCACCAUUGCUGCUCCCUCGAGUUAGCACCAAGGAUAUAACUAUCAAUGGAUAUUAUAUAAGCAACAAGUCACGGGUGAUUGUGAAUGUGUGGGCAAUAGGACGAGAUCCUAAGAUAUGGUCGGAUGAUGUGGAAGCGUUUUACCCAGAGAGGUUCAUGAAUAGCAGUGUAGAUCUCCGAGGAAAAGACUUCCAACUGAUACCAUUUGGUUCAGGUCGAAGAGGAUGCCCUGGCAUGCAAUUAGGGUUAAUUACCGUUAAGCUGGUUAUAGCACAAUUAAUGCAUUGCUUUAAUUGGGAACUACCACAUGGUGUUUCUCCUGAUGAGUUGGAUAUGACUGAGAAAUUUGGACUAUUAAUUCCAAGAGCUAAUCGCUUACUUGCUCUUCCAUCGUAUUGCCUAACAGGGUGAACUGAUGAAACUUAGUAAUAUAAUUGCCUAUUAUUGUGAUUAAUCAUAUGUCAAUGUAAUUUUCUUUACUUUAAAUGUUAUUAAAGACAAUGUAAUUUGUGUUAUUAUUCGGUUAGUAAUAUAAUUGCCUA